GAUGGAUUCACAAUUUGAAGGCUAUCCUAUUUAGGACAACUAAUAAGACUUACAAGAAGUAGAAAAUAAUCAUAUUUGUUAGAUGAUCUUAAGAUAACUUCAAUAAUAGGCAUUCACUAAUUUUAUUUCCAGUACUUAAACUAAGGAAAGAAUUUUGUAAAGUGAGAAUAGUAAAUUGAAGGAAGAUAAUUAUAAAUUGUAAGAAAAAGUGAAUAUGCUUGAAAUUAAGCAAGAAGAACUAGUUAAUGAGGUUUAUAUAAAGCAUUUACAUUUAGAUUUAAGAUCUUCGACUAUUGGUUAAAAGAGUUUAUAAUGAGGGAGAAAUCCAUGCCGAGAAGUUAAGGAUGAAGAAUGUAUUAUAUUUAUCGAUGUCAUAGUUGGAAUUAGUACAAUAAAAUGAAACUUUAUCAAAAGGAUUAGAGAAUUUAUAAAAAAAUAUGGAGAGUUUUUCAAACAUUAAAUAGAUGAGUAAUUUUUAUGAGAAUUUCGGAGAACUCGAAGAAGUAUAUUAAGACAAUUACUGA